UUUUCGGUGAGCGUCGCAAAAAAAGUUUCGUUUUCUGCUGUCGAAGGCAUUAAAAUCCGUAAUUUUCUCGUGUUAAAUCCCCUGAAAACCGCAUCAAGUGUUUCGGUUCGCGUUCCGGAAGAGUCGCGUAGUGAAAUUCAACCAUGAACCGUCGCCGAGCGUACGAAGAUGACGGUGAUUUCUACGGAGAACGGAACCGUAAACGUCGCCGGGUGUCGGAAAAUCAAGAGAUGGAAGAACGUCUGGAGGCACUGAUAUUGAGGGUCGGUGAGAAUAGUACCUCUUCGUUGGAAUCCAAUUUGGAAGGCUUGGUUUCGGUUCUGGAAUCGGACUUGGGAAACUUCCGGAGUAAGAUUUUAAGGAUCCUAUCGGAGUGUCCCAUCAAAAUGCCGGAGAAGUGUACAAUCUACUCGACGAUGGUGGGCCUGAUGAACGCUAAGAACUACAACUUUGGAGGUGAAUUCGUUGACCAUAUGGUCAAAACGUUCAAGGAGAGUUUGAAGCAGUGCAGAUGGGAUGCCGCCAGAUACGCGUUGAGGUUCCUGUCGGAUUUGGUAAAUUGCCACGUCAUUUCGACGAACUCUUUGUUGCAAUUGCUGGACAACAUGGUUGAUGCGGCCAACGAAGAUUCGGUACCGCAAGUUCGCCGAGAUUGGUAUGUGUUUGCUGUUCUUUCGACGCUGCCGUGGGUCGGCAGAGAGUUGUAUGAAAAGAAGGAAUCGGCUUUGGAAAAUUUGCUGGUGAGAAUUGAGGUGUUUCUGAAUAAACGAACCAAAAAGCACCAUAAUUCUUUGAGAGUGUGGUCAGUUGAUGCUCCGCAUCCCCAGGAAGAGUAUUUGGACUGCCUGUGGGCUCAGAUUCGUAAACUGCGUCAGGACAACUGGGCAGAGAAGCACAUCCCGAGACCAUAUCUGGCAUUCGAUUCCGUUCUGUGCGAAGCUCUUCAGCACAAUCUCCCAUUGAUUCAUCCACCACCGCAUCAGGAUUCUUUUGAAUAUCCGAUGCCGUGGGUUGUCUACAGGAUGUUCGAUUACACGGAUUGUCCAGCCGGGCCUAUUCUUCCAGGAGCACAUUCGAUCGAAAGAUUCCUGAUUGAGGAACAUUUGCAUUCUAUCAUCGAAAGUCACCAUUGGGAGCGCAAGGAUUGCGCGGCUCAUCUACUGAAUCUGUCCUACAAGGACAAAAUCCCCCUGGAGUACUGUAUUGUCGAAGUGAUCUUUGCCGAAUUGUUCAAAAUGCCAACUCCACGCUAUCUGGACAUUUGUUACGGGUCGAUUUUGAUUGAGCUUUGCAAGCUGCAACCGUCCAAGAUGCCACAGGUGUUGGCACAGGCCACGGAGAUCCUGUUCAUGAGAAUCGAUUCGAUGAAUACCAGCUGUUUUGAUCGGUUCGCCAACUGGUUUUCGUACCAUUUGAGCAACUUUCAGUUCCGCUGGAGCUGGGACGAUUGGGAUAGUUGUUUGCUGCUGGAGCCGGAGCAUCCGAGGCCAAAGUUCAUCGAGGAGGUGCUGCUGAAGUGUUUGAGAUUGUCCUAUCAUGACCGUUUCAAGGAGAUGAUGCCGGAAACCUACUCCAAGCUGAUUCCGAAGCCAUCGCUACCGACCUACAAGUAUACGAUGGAAGGCGCCGCUUCGCUACCAGGAACGGCCACUGCUCACAAGUUGGUGGUUGCUAUCCGCCAGAAAUGCACACCGGAGGAUGUGCUGAACGAACUGAAGGAUUUGCCCAAUCCGAGGGAGACUUCCGAGAACGAUAUGGUCGAGUCGACCUUCAAUCCACUCAAGAUCGAUGUUUUCGUGCAGACGCUGCUGAAUCUGGGAUCGAAGAGUUUUUCCCACACGUUCGCAGCCAUCUCCAAGUUCCAUCUCGUGUUCAAGGCUUUGGCUGAAACGGAGGAAGCACAGAUCUGCAUUCUGCACAAUGUGUUCGAAUUGUGGGUCAACCACCAGCAGAUGAUGGUGGUGAUUAUCGAUAAGCUGUUGAAGACGCAGAUCGUCGAAUGUUCGGCCGUGGCCACCUGGGUCUUCUCGAAGGAAAUGGUCGGCGAGUUCACCAAGAUGCACUUGUGGGAAAUUCUGCAUCUGACGAUCAAAAAGAUGAACCAACAUGUCACUAAAUUGAGCAAGGAGUUGAGUGACGCCAAGGACCGUCUGGAUCGCACCGCGGAAUCAUCGUCGAGCGAGUCGGAAGAGGAAGCGACUGCGGCCAGUGCUACUGCUGGAGCAGGUGCCACUCCUCAGCGUCGCCGUAAGAAGACUGCCGGUGACGAUUCAGACAAGCCCACCGAGGAACAGGUGGAACGGAUGGAGGAAAAGCUGGAAGCCGCAUAUGUCGAUCAGAAGCGUCUGUUUCUGAUCAUUUUCCAGCGAUUUAUCAUGAUUUUGUCCGAACAUCUCGUCAAGUGCGACACCGACGGACGGGACUACGAUACGGAUUGGUAUCGUUGGACGGUUGGAAGGCUGCAGCAAGUUUUCAUGAUGCAUCACGAACAGGUGCAAAAGUACAGCAGCACACUAGAAAGUCUUCUGUUCACGUCCGACAUUGAUCCUCAUAUACUGGAUGUGUUCCAUCAGUUCACGGCGCUUCGGUCGUAGAGCGUUAAUAAGUGUCUAAACUCUCAUUAUAAUUACUAUUGACAACUAUCUAGGUAAGUGAUUGAUACAGUCAGUGCAGCGAAGUUUGCGAAAUAUUUAGUACUUUGAGAUCAUGUUAAUGGAUUUUUUUUUUCUUCUGUUUGACUAAGCCUGAGCCAGAGAAAAACAUGGAUUAGGAAAUUGCCGUGGUAGUUUGAUUGAUUGAAGCUUAUGUCAUCACAACAGCACUCUUUGAAGAAUAUGAAAGCACUUUAUUUAAACUGUA